GAUGUAAUUUUGAUUUAAUGAAAGAUCAAUUUGAAUAGUCUACAUCGAAAGUCAUAACGGCAUCCAAGCGCAAAUUUGAAGAUAUGAUAUAGUUGUGAAUAGGGUUGUUUUUUGAAUUAAAAUGAGUCAUUUGAUCAAUUAAUGAAAAUCUCAUGCUAGCUGGUAGAUUUUAUUGUAUCAUGUAAAAGAAGGGAAUGUUACUUCCUAUUGGUGUUUAACAUAUUUGAAUUAGUCAUAUGUAUUAUGUUCUUUUACCCAUUUAUUUAAACUUGUAUGUAAAAGAAAUUUGAGAAUUGGUGAUUGUUCACGUUCAUAGUUCAUGUUAUUUUUUUUGUAAAGUUAUACCUAUUGUCAGAAUCAUUUUAUUGAUCUUUUGUUAUUGAUAAUUAGGUUAGGUAUUAUGUAUAAGAAUUGGUGUGCAAAUUCAAUUGCACACGAAAAUAAAAGAAAACUUGGCCAAAAGCCUACUUAUCCAAAAGGACAACGUCGAGUUAGUCAUGACCUGGCCGCUUAUUUGACUAAUACAUCUGGAAUAAGCUUUAAUGACUAUGACUUUUUAUGUACUCCUUGCUUUAAAUCAGCACAGGAUGGUUUCAAUUUGACCAAUGGAAUAGUUUCUGUAACACCCAUGGAUACAGAUGAAUCUUUGCCUGAACGAGCUGCUUCUAAAGUAGCGGCAUCGAACAUUUCAAGAAUUUCAAAUGCUCUGAUGCAGUUUCCUAAUGAAGAAUCUUCAUCAUCAGAAAAUUCAGAUGAAGAGGUUAUUCGUUUAGAAAGUCAUUUGAAUCGUGAAAGAUCUAUGGCAUUUUUAAACAAUGUAUUUGCACUCAUUCGUGAAAAAGUCAAUCAUGUUGUUCGUUUAAUUCGCCAGGCAGCUGAACAAUUAUGUUUAGCAAGACAGAAGGAAGAUUCUUCCAAUGAUAAUAAACCAGAUAUCACAAUUGAUGAUUCUACAGAGAUUGUUAAUAAUUUUAAAUACCUUAUUAAUGCUAGUGAUUACUCGGAAACAAUAAAAUUGCUCACCUUAGCUCCAAAAAAUUGGGGUCGACUUAAAAUAACGAAUUUCUUUGGGUGUUAUAAACAUCAAGCUCGUUAG